CGUUGGAUCUGAAGGUUCCUUUGCUGCGGAGGAAAGGAAUAGUCAUCAGGACGCCGGGUGCCGAAACGAGAGGGGACAGAGGAAAAAAACCCUCGCUGCCGGAGAAGUCAGUCCUGGCGGCCAUCGCCGGAGUUGAGGACCUUCGUCCUGAAACUGGUGGAAGCCUAUCGCGGAGGUGUGCUUGGUUGCCUUCAAUUGAUCUCACAAAACACCAUGUAUAUGGUAAAGAUGUAGCACAAAACCACAUGUGCCAUGUUCUUUUGCACAAAACCUCACGAUGGAGAUGGUUGUCCAGUAGCACAAAACAGGAUGGUUUACAAUCUCCGUUCCAAGUGAGCACACACAUGGGUGCUGGAAUAGCUUGAAGCUUCCACUGCACGUCGGGAGGAUGGAAAGCCACUAGACAUCUUCACCCUGUUCCUUGCCUGGUGAGAGAUCAAUGCCAGCGCAACGCCAGGGUGCUGAAGACCAAGGCUGCAGCUUGCCCUGGUGUGGAUUUGGGGUACGGGAGGCCAGCAUGUAGAGCACUAUGGUUAUGAGAGACGGUGUGCUCAACAUUGAGGGAUCUGUAAUGUUGGCAUACAACAGUACUCGCAGAAAAUAGGAUUAUGACCGGAAAUAUCACACAAUGCGAUGAUAAGUUGAAGUUUGAAGUAGACAUCAAUCAGAGUAUUAAGGUUUUCACAGAAGAUGAGAUUAAACGGAUUACUAGCAACUUUAGCAUUCCCAUUGGACAAGGUGGCUUUGGAGAAGUGUAUAAAGGGACUCUUGAUGAUGACUAUGAUCUUGUUGCAGUGAAGAGAUAUAUCAGCAAAGAUUUAAGAAAAGAGUUUAUGGAAGAAGUAAGCAUCCAUAGUCAAAUGAGUCACAAAAACGUGGUGGAGCUCAUAGGCUAUUGCAUUGGGGAAAGUACUCUAAUGAUUGUUACUAAGUAUAUCUCCAAAGGAAACCUUGAUGACAUACUCCACAACAGUAACAUUUCCAUCCCUUUGGAUGUAAGACUGGGUAUUGCUAUAGGGUGCGCAGAAGCAUUGAGCUACAUGCAUUCAAUGCAUUUAUCAAGUGACAGCCUUGUUUGCCAUGGUGAUAUUAAGCCUGCCAACAUACUUCUAGAUGGCAAUCUGACAGCAAAAUUGUCGGACUUUGGAGUGUCAAGGCUUCUUGCAGGUGGUGUCACUCAGUACACUGACCAUAUAAAAGGAAGCAUAUCUUACAUGGAUCCUAUAUACUUUCAUGAGGGAUGUCUUACUCCGAGGAGUGAUGUUUAUAGUUUUGGAAUGGUUCUCUGGGAACUAUUAGCUCGAAAAAGGUUAAGAAAAGGUGACAUUAAUCUCUGUGCAAAUGGGAAAUGCAGAGAAAUAUUUGAUGCUGCAAUAGUAAAUGAGAACAAUAUGAAGAUUCUAAAAGAAAUGAGGAGAUUGGCGACUGAAUGCCUAACACUGGUAAUUCAUAAACGUCCUCAGAUGAAUGCUGUGGCAAAACGCCUUCGGAUACUUAAAAAAGAGUUAAAGGACAUACAUGAAAAAUAUUCUAAACCCAUUUUGGCAUCGCACCACUCAUGGUGCAAAAACUACAACCAGGACAUUACCAUGCCCAGCCCCAGCUAUAAUUCUAGGAUUCAGCUUAAGAAGAGUUUGGGCAUUUUCAAAAGAAAUCUUAGCAAUUCUAAGAUUCUACCGGAAGUCGGCAAUGUGAGAAUUUUCACACAUGAGGAGCUAAAUGACGUCACACAUAAUUACUCGUAUCUACUCAGUGGUGGUACUUCUGGUAAGGUUUACAAAGGAGCUCUUGAGGACAAUACAGUGGUAGCGGUGAGGAUUUUUUCUGAGGUACUUGAGGGCUUUGAAGAGGCGUUUAUCAAUGGAGGGAUGAUCCUAUCUCAAACUAUCCACAAGAACAUCAUCAGACUAUUGGGUUAUUGCUUGGAUACCGAUUGUCCAGCUUUCGUGUAUGAGUAUGCUGCUAAAGGUAGCCUCUCUGACGUUCUAGAUGGACGUGCAGAUUUCCCACUACAUUUUCGUGUGAAGAUUGCAGUUCAGACAGCAGAAGCAUUGGAAUACCUCCAUUCCUCAGCAACUGGUAUCAUCAGACAUGGUUAUGUUGUACCAUCCAAGAUACUUCUUGAUGACAAUUUCACGCCGAAGCUGACAGGCUUUUCAUGGGCACGGAGGCUUACCAAGGAAAGCAACAUUACUGUCAGUGAUGAUGUAAUUUGUAGCCGAUUUCCCUCGAGUGGGCUCAACAAGGAUCCAAUUCAUGAUCAGUAUGCGUUACUCAAGUUGAAAAUCGACGUGUACCAGUUUGGUGUUCUUCUCUUGACACUCAUUAGUAGGAAGAGCUUCAUAUUUUACGCGGAUCAUGGUCACCUCAUCUCACAAUUCCGCGCAGCUUACGAGGCAGAUAACAGAGGAAGGACAUUUUUUGACGAUGAUAUCGUAGCUCAUGAAGAUGUUGCUCUCCUUGAAGAGAUCGGGAGACUGUCACUGAAAUGUGUUUGUGAGGAAAUAGAUCAGAGGCCAACAAUGAAGGAAGUGGCAGAACACCUUCGGGUAAUUAGGAGUUCUUGGAAGAAGAGCUCGGCAGAGGGAGCUACACUGGUGUCUGAAACGGCCGAUGCUGAAGGCGCUAAACCUGACAGGCCACGUGGUUGAUCCAAAGAGAUUGAUCCAAAGUGAUCGUGUACAUGUUGUGUGUGAUCUGUUGUAUUGUUAUCAAAACAUCUUGCCUGCACUGCAACUUGGGUUGCCAUUGUGCUGUCAGUCAGAUGCUGUUAUCUGAACUUGCAUGCAACCUGCAUCUCACACUGUCGAUUACAUAAUGUUAUCUGAACCUGUUCUGCUAAUAGAUGUAGAAUAUUUAUCUUCAGUGUUGGUAGUGCUGUUUCUCUAAACAUAA